AUGAGUGAAAGUAUAGACCACCCAAUUGAAAAAAGUAGUGUUCAAAAUGCAUUAAGUGAUAUAGUUAAUGGGUCCAUAGCAGGUGCAUUCGGUAAAAUUAUCGAAUAUCCAUUCGACACAGUCAAGGUUAGACUGCAAACACAAGGAUCACAUAUUUUCCCCACAACAUGGUCUUGCAUCAAAUAUACAUACCACAAUGAAGGUGUAUGGAGAGGGUUUUUCCAAGGAAUAGGAUCUCCAUUAUUUGGUGCAGCAUUAGAGAAUGCUACAUUAUUUGUUUCUUAUAACCAAUGUUCCAAUGUAUUGGAAAAAUUCACUAAUGUUUCACCAUUAUCAAAUAUCCUUCUUUCUGGGGCGUUUGCUGGUUCAUGUGCAAGUUUUGUUCUGACUCCAGUGGAAUUAAUCAAAUGUAAGUUACAAGUCUCCAAUUUGCAGACAGCUGUUGAAGGACAAAUAAAACAUACCAAAAUAAUACCAACAUUAAUGUAUGUCCUUAGAGAAAAAGGUAUACUAGGAUUAUGGCAAGGUCAAUCAAGCACAUUUAUCAGAGAAUCCUUAGGAGGGGUGGCAUGGUUUGCAACUUAUGAAGUAAUGAAACAGGGAUUAAAGGAUAGACGUAAAGAUACUGAAAAUAAAACAUGGGAAUUAUUAGUUAGUGGGGCCAGUGCAGGUUUAGCGUUCAAUGCAAGUAUCUUUCCAGCAGACACAGUGAAGUCAAUGAUGCAAACUGAACAUAUAACAUUAAUAAAUGCAGUAAAGAAAGUAUUGACCACAUACGGGAUAACAGGGUUUUAUAGAGGUUUAGGAAUCACUUUGAUUAGAGCUGUUCCUGCUAAUGCCACUGUCUUCUAUAUGUACGAAACUUUAUCAAAGAUGUAA